CUAUACAUAUGAUGUGAAAGAAUGUAAUUAUUUGGCUUUGAUUUAAUAGCAACGGAGUUUUAUCACUGUGUUUGUGAUUUUUCGAUUUUAAUGCUUAAAAAUUUUGAGUUACUCCACUGUAAACUUAAAAAGAAGACAGUAGAAAAUAAAAGUAGUUGGAGAGUUGACAGAAUAUCUAAUGAGAGGUUAGAACUCCAUCAUCAAUAAUUCAAGAUUUUUCCUUUCACCCAUUCUACUGGAGCAGUUCAGGUUGCAAUUAAACUCACCUUAUCUAGACCAUGAAAGGUUUUGUUACAGUGUCUUCAAGCUUUCUGCUCGCUUGCUUGCUUGCUUUUAUCCUUCAGAUCUUCUUCUUCUCUCCCAUAUCUCCCGACUUGCUUGAACUGCCUCCAGCUACUUCGCUUCCCACAAAUAAGCGCUUACAGGAAGUGAUUAGACUUGGAGAAGGAACAUUGGAAGGUCCAGAGGAUGUCUGUGUGGACAGAGAUGGUGUAUUGUAUACAGCAAGUAGAGAUGGUUGGAUCAAAAGAUUGCAUAGUAACGGAACCUGGGACAAUUGGAAGAAAAUAGACAGUAAUGGUUUGCUUGGUAUCACAAUCUCAAAGGAAGGUGGUCUUAUUGUCUGUGAUGCUGAAAUGGGUUUGCUUAAGGUUACUGAUGAUGGAGUAACAGUUCUUGCCUCAGAGAUUAACGGGUCCAAGAUAAGGUUUGCAGAUGACGCGAUUGAAACUUCAGAUGGUAAUAUCUAUUUCAGCGUCGCAAGCACUAAAUUUGGGUUCCACAAUUGGUAUCUGGACCUGCUUGAGGCCAGACCAAAUGGACAAUUGCUCAAGUAUGAUCCUUCGAUAAAGGAGACCUCAAUUCUUCUUGAUAAUCUUUAUUUCCCUAAUGGUGUUGCUCUUUCAAAGGAAGAAGAUUAUCUGAUCUUUUGUGAAACUUGGAAAUUCAGGUGCAGCAAACAUUGGCUCAAGGGUAAUAACAAAGGAAAAACAGAAAUUUUUGUUCAGAAUCUUCCUGGUGGACCUGAUAACAUCAAUCUUGCUCCUGACGGAUCUUUCUGGAUUGGUUUGCUACAGUUGACAUCGGAUUGGCUGAAAUUUGUGCACACCUCAAAGUUAUCUAAACACUUGGUAGCAUCAUUUCCGAAAUUGAUUGAACUAGUAACUGGACUCCGCAAGAAAGCAAUGGUGGUGAAUGUGGCAGCUGAUGGCAGGAUUAUCAGGAUGUUCGAUGAUCCUGUAGGGAAAGUAAUGUCAUUUGUGACUUCAGCUUUCGAGUUCGACGGUUACCUAUACUUAGGAAGCCUCAACACCAACUUCAUUGGAAAACUGCCAUUGACAUUGUACUAAUGACUAAAGAGAUCAUCUUGGUAGUUGGAAUUGUUAGCAAUAAAGGUUUUCCUUAAUUGAAAUGAUUCAGUUCAUUGUCAUUUCUUGACAAAGAAAAAUGAAAAUAAAAAUGCAAAUGCAGAAAUUGUAUUACCAGAGCCUGAUAAGGUAAUUUAACAAAUCUAGAGCAGUG